CGCACCCACAAUGAAUCUCAAGCUUGAGGAAAAAAGGCUGAAGAGCCACUGAUGAUUUCUCCGGCAUCAUACAUUUCUUUUUAGAUUUCUUCAGCAUUUCAAUACGUUUGAGGUUAUUUUUUACGAAUGGACUCGUCGAUGUGGAGUAUACAAGUGAUGUGGUUGUAAAGUUAAUGGUGACUCUUUUCUUGAUAAUAAGGAAGGCAGUAUUCGGGCUAUGUGGCUCCCCGAUUAGCUUCAUAAUUUCAUUCUCAAGUCACGGCGAGUUUACUCCGAGAAAUCACAAGAAAGUACAUUGAAGGAUGACUGAAUACAAGUUGGUGGUGGUUGGCGCCGGUGGUGUUGGAAAGAGUGCUCUGACCAUUCAGCUCAUCCAGAACCACUUCGUCGAUGAGUAUGACCCAACUAUCGAGGACUCGUACAGGAAGCAGGUGGUGAUCGAUGGGGAGACGUGUCUGCUGGACAUCUUGGACACUGCAGGUCAGGAGGAGUACAGCGCCAUGAGGGACCAGUACAUGAGGACAGGGGAGGGCUUCCUCUGCGUAUUCGCCAUCAACAACACCAAGUCCUUUGAGGACGUUCACCUCUACAGGGAACAGAUCAACCGUGUGAAGGACAGUGAGAAUGUGCCCAUGGUGCUGGUGGGCAACAAGAGCGACCUGAGCACACGCACCGUGGAGACGCGGCAAGCCCAGGAGCUCGCGCGCAGCUAUGGCAUCCCCUUCGUAGAGACCUCCGCCAAGACACGACAGGGUGUUGAAGAUGCCUUUUACUCCCUGGUGAGGGAGAUCAGGAGGUACAAGGAGACGAAUCGCAGCAACAAGAAGAGCAAGAAAAGCACACAGAGACGUUGCACUUUGCUAUAGCACUGCACCACUUCACUUCCACCUGUACUGAUAACAUCUUACCAACCCAUUCACAGACACACACACACACACACACACAUUCACACGCAGCCAUCAUGUAGUGUUCUACAUAGUCUGUUUUGCAGUAGAACACACACGCAUAUUCAUACACACACAGACUCUUGUUUCACUUUUACACACAUUGUUGAUGUAAGCGUCUAAUGCGAGUUGGCUGAGUGGGAUGGAUGGCGAGAGGGGGAGAGAAAAACAGAGAAACUCGAUGGGCGUUUGGAUAGUGUUUUUGUUAGUAAGCCAUUUCUAGCACACAUCAACCUCCAUGAAGUAAAGACACGCUACUCGUUUAGGACUGAGUAACUAACACGAGUGGAGAUGUUAUGUUUUAUUCUAGCGCAGGCCUGUCCCCGGAAGCCUUUUGGUGCUGCUGUCACCCCCAUUCAAUCGACUGGAAUCAUGAAGUUUUGGGUUGUUGUUUUUUCCCCCCUGUUGUCCAAUGUCCGCAUGGUUUAUGAUUUGAGUGAUGGUUCAUUGUUGAAGGCAUAUUCUGGGCUGUCACAGAUGAGAUUUUAUUUUAUAGGGAUAGAGAUAUGGAGCCUUGGCAUUUUACCUGCUCCUAAUGAUGGACCUGUACUGGAUUUUACACUUUUUGACAGUUGUAUUUUCCCAGUUUUGGGCAGGAGGACUCAAACUCAAGUUAUGUCACUUCCUGUUCACAUACUCAGAACCACUAGUCUGCUUCCAAGAAUGCUUACAAACUUGUCACAUGCUUGAGAAAGUAGGGCCAGACAACAUUUAAAAAAAAAAAAAUCAACCUGCUGCCUAUUCUGCAGAACCAGGGAAACGGCUCCUCCACUGCUUGGCCUUCUGAGCGUCCACCCAGUCUUACUGGCUGUAGAUGAGGGGGCAUGCCAAGGAUUGCUGCGCUAGCCUUGCCAAGCAUGUUAUUUUGAUAUAGUGGCCCUAAAGAGGAACAGUGAUGGGGAAAUGAGUCUGUAGAAAAUACCAGAAUCUCACCAAAUGCCAAAAAGGUUCAUUGGUUGGUGGUGUCUAGUAGCUGACCACUCCAGCGAUAGCCAUUUUACUCACUGAAUCUGGACUGAGAGGUCUCUGGAAAGCUAAGAGCAGAGUCUUGCCAAGCUUCUUGCCCACUGGGUGUAACAGUUUUGCCAGACAGCACAAGUUUAUGUAGUGCGAACUCCUCGUGUGGACGCAAACAGGAAAGAGGAAUGCCAUUUUAAAAAUUAGACAACAUUUUUAGGGGACAAUAGUUGUGACUGAUGUUACUUGAAGGCGAUUGCAUGAGAGGACAAUGCAUGCCCACAAGUCAACAAAAACCAAGGAAGGGUUCUUCAGACCCAUUCAACAAUGACCUGCGUUUCUUUUCUUCCUGAGCUUAUGGGCGGGAUGAUUCCCCUAAACUUAGAGAUGGAAUUUGCCACUGAUUGCGAAAGAGGUUUGGGUGGGGCCUGAAGUGUGGUGUUAGACCUACUUUUUUAUCGCGUUAGAAUACAACUGUGUGAAUGAUCAUGUAAGUAAGGGAGAUGUGCGUGUGUGUAUGCAUUUUGUCCCAGGAGCACUCUGUUGUCAGCUGACCUCCGAAAAUAAUCAUGUGACUCGAUGUCUUUAGAGUUAGUUUUAGUGUUCCCAUGGCAACAGAACAUCUGGACAGUCUCCAGGAAAUGGACAUCAUUUUUUUUUUUGGCCACGAGGAUCGAGACCUAAAACAUUCCUCUAUUAGUCAACAGAUGUUGUAGCAACCUUUGUGAAUAAAAACUCUUUUGGAUAAGUA